GUUCAUUUAAUUCGGUCUGAGCCCCACGUUUGCCAUCACUAAUAAGCGCUGAUAUAUGUUGGACACGAAUCGGUUAAACAGUCGUCACGCCCUUUUUCCGGAAUUCUCGCUUCUCAUUGGUUGAACUGAAGAGGUUCGCCGGAUGCGCGCGCAGGCUGUGCGUCAUUUCUUCCCGGAUGUGUAAGCGUACGGUGAAACAGAGGUCCAGACAGCAGCGGUUCUGCCGUUAUUCAGCGUUUUCUGCUCUGACCGGCGCUCUGACCGGCUUCAGCAGCAGCUCCAGCUGUGCAGCAGAGCGAGGCUGAGAGCCUGUGAUUAGAUAAACAUGGCGGGUUAAACUGGUUAAAGGAGGAGUAUAAACUGGAGGGAACUGGAUUCACUGAGGAUUCUGAUUUCAUCCGGGAUGUUUGGUGCCAAUAGGAGGUAGAACUUGUUUGUUUAAGUGUUGCGUUUUGGUGCUUUUUAAUGUUCAUCGUUGGAUUGCAAUGUGUAGCCCUUAAGACCCUUGAGAUCUGAGCUCAUACCGGUGCAUUAAGCUCAACCUAUUCUGAUGCACCACUUAGGUUAACAACCCCGAUGCAGAGUACUACAGAGGACCUUUGCUAUUCUGAUGUGACCUGCAUAGGUAACAUAUUUAAUCUGGGAUAUUUAGUGAUGGUGUGAAGUUUUUAUUGCAUAUUGAGAGAAGACUCAUAGCUUAAAGGACUGCAGAUGGACCUGAUCUAAUACAGGUGCAUUGAAAUCUACUCAUGUUGAUGCAUCUGUUAAAUUUAAUCUGUAAAGUUAUAUGCACAGACAUAGUGUGUAAUCUAGUGUUUUGAUAAGUAGCAGUGUGGAAGAUCUGGAAUGAUUAUGGUGUGAUCUGCACAGAUAAAAGAAGUCCCCUAGAUUACUUGGUGCUGAUGUGACAAUCAUUGGGACUUUUUUGACAGACCAGUAGCAAUUUGGACAAAUUAUAUGACACUGAUGCACCUGAAUAUUUUGAUGUGAUCUUCACAAAUGCUUGGUGGUGAUGAUGCAGGCUUAUUUUGGAUGUAGGAACCCUUUUUGUUGCAUUAUGACAGAUAAGCUACCAGUCUGGCACAUCCCAAAAUAUAUCAAUUCAAUGCUUUAAUACUAAUGGUCUCACAGUCUACAUACAAGCAUACAAGCCAGAUAAAUCAGACACUGCAUUUGUAAACUGCUGAUCAUUACUAACUAUGGAGGAUUCGCGUGAUGACUUGACCCUGCUUCUCUGGACCAGCUUGGCCAUUCUGCUCCCAGUCCUCAUCACCUUGUGGUGCAGUUUCCAGCGUCCCAAGCGCAAAGUCCAGCUGAAGGACCUCUUCCGCAGGAGCAAGCAUGGCUGGCACUACACUGACCUGUUCAACAAGCCUACAUACUGCUGUGUGUGCACCCAGCCUAUCUUGCAGGGGGCGUUCUGUGAGUGCUGUGGAAUCUGCUCAGACGAGGUCUGUGUCAGAAAGGCUGACCACACCCUGCCCUGUAAGGAGAUCAUGGCCCCGGCACAGGCAGACGGCAGCUUCCUCCACCGGUGGGUUCGGGGGAACGUUCCCUUGGCCAGUUAUUGCACAGUUUGCAAGCAGCAGUGUGGGACCCAGCCGAAACUGUGUGAUUACAGGUGCGUAUGGUGUCAGGCCACAGUGCAUGAUGACUGUAAGGCUGGUCUGAGUGGAGGUGAGCAGUGUGAUCUGGGAGAAUUCUGCUCCAUCAUCAUCCCUCCACACUACCUGUACCAAGUUAACAAACUGCGCCGCAGGCAUCCGGAUGAGUACUGCAAGCUCGCUGCAGCGUGUGGGAGAGGAUGGAGCCCUCUGCUGGUGCUGGCCAACACACGCAGCGGAAACAACAUGGGGGAAGUGCUGCUGGGAGAGUUUCGCACUCUUCUUAAUCCAGUGCAGGUGUUUGAUCUGUCUGAGAUCCAGCCAGCCAAAGCGCUGCAGUUGUGCACUCUGCUUCCUCCUGGUUCUGUGCGUGUGCUGGUGUGUGGAGGAGACGGUACAGUGGGCUGGGUUCUGGACGCCAUUGACACCAUGAAACUGAAGGGUCAAGAUCAGUUCAUUCCUCGUGUGACCAUCUUGCCUCUGGGGACGGGUAAUGACCUGUCUAACUCUCUGGGCUGGGGCUCCGGCUAUGCUGGGGAGAUCCCUGUUGAGCAGGUCAUCAGGAAUGUCCUGGAUGCCGAGUUGGUCAAGAUGGACAGAUGGAAGGUUCAAGUCGCCUCAAAAGGAACCUAUUUCCGCAAGCCGAAGGUUUUGUCCAUGAAUAAUUAUUUCUCAGUGGGUCCGGAUGCUCUAAUGGCCCUGAACUUCCACGCUCACCGUGAAAAAACACCCUCUGUCUUCUCCAGCCGAAUCAUCAACAAGGCGGUGUAUUUUCUAUAUGGUACCAAAGACUGCCUAGUGCAGGAAUGUAAGGACUUGGACAAAAGAAUUGAGCUGGAGCUGGAUGGUGAACGGGUGGCUCUUCCCAGUCUGGAGGGAAUCAUUGUGUGUAAUAUUGGUUACUGGGGUGGAGGCUGCAGGCUGUGGGAGGGGAUGGGAGAUGAGCCGUGUCCCCCAACAAGGCUGGAUGAUGGCCUGCUGGAGGUGGUAGGAGUGUUUGGUUCAUUCCACUGCGCUCAGAUACAGGUUAAACUUGCCAACCCUGUCCGACUAGGCCAGGCGCACACAGUGAGGCUGGUCCUGAAGAGUUCCCGCAUGCCAAUGCAGGUUGAUGGAGAGCCGUGGGCACAGGGCCCCUGCACCAUUACCAUUACUCAUAAAACCCAGGCACUCAUGCUGUACCAUAGCGCUGAGCAGACCGAUGAUGAUGAUGAAGACUCCAGCGCCUCAGAGGGUGAAGGCCACUCGGCAAACCGCACCAAAAAGCCCACUUACACUCCUGAGAAAAAUGCAUCGUCACUGUGAGGUAUUAGCUCCAGUACUUUGUGGUUGGUGUGGCGCAGUGGAUAACACCAUUACCUGCUAGUGACUUUUACAGCAUCAUGUGGGAGACUGGGUUUCAAAUCCUGGUCUGGGUGACUACACUGCGCUACACCAAUAAGAGUCCUUGGGCAAGACUCCUAACACUACAACGGUCCACUUUUGUAAUAGGAAUAAUUACUGGAUAGUGGAUAAAAGUGUCAGCUAAAUGCCAUAAAAGUAAAUAUAAUGUAAAUGUCAAAAGUAUGAGCUACAUGCCACUACUAAUGUUCUGUUCAUCAAUUCCAGAGCAAUGUGUAUUAUUUCCAAUUAUGCUGAAUAUAUACUGUAUACUGUAUAAAAUCAGGUGCCAAUCCUGUCAAAUCUGUGUGGCUGCAGGUUUGCAUUCUACACAACCAGAAGCACACCUGAUAUAAAUAAGUACCUAUAUUUAUCUGUAGUAUAUUUAAUUUCCAAUGUCGAUCUGGCCUCAUUACACUAUAUAAAGGCUUUGUAUUUUUCUUUUUUAUGAUAUAUAAGUAUAUAUUAUGUAUUUUAAUGUGCCAUUUCACGAAACAACACCAUUUGCAAUUUUGUCUGCACACACACACACACACACACACACAUCUCUCUCUCUCUCUCUCUCUCUCUCUCUCUCUAUAUAUAUAUAUAUAUAUAUAUAUAUAUAUAUAUAUAUAUAUAGCUGGGAAUGCUCACAGUGUCACAUUGAGACACUGUACGCCAGUUUAUUGGACGUGGAUUCAAUCUAGUUUUUGAUUAAACUACAAAUCUUAAUAAUUGUGUUUCACUCUUUAAAAUAAAUUCAAUUUAAUGUUGGCUAGUAUUUAAAGAUGCAAUAAGUAGAUUUAUUUAUUAUACAUUAUUAAAACUCACAUAUAAUGAAUGAUAACCAAAAUAAAGAUUACCCAACAAUAUAAAAUAAUGAAUCUUAAAUAGUGGUAUAAGUCGUGACAGUACAAGACACAGUUCACAGUUUGUGAGCAGUCAUGGAUUUCAUUGCUGUCUAGUGGAAAAACAAGUAUCUCCAUUUUUGUUGAUUUUUACUUUACUACAACAUGAUGAGUAGUCCAAUUGAAAUUCUCCAAAAUGCCCUAAAAUAAACUCCUUUUACACUGACUUCCUUUGAAACUUUAAUUCUUAAGUUUUUCCUCUCUCCUGUGAAGUUGCUGUUUUAGAGAUGCAUGUUUUUAUUGGACAGCAAUGAUAUAGGAAGAACAAUACAUAUUGUACCUUUUUAAUAUGGUAUCUCUGUUCAAUUGGAAAUAAUACAUACAGGCUUUGGAUUUGGGAAGAGAAUGUUUGGCUACAAAUUUGCAGCAGUUGUUAUCAUUAUAGAAAUGUUAUCCCUCAAUGCCCUCACCUGUCACAGUUAUUAUACUGUAUUCACUCUUUUUUAUGAUAAUCCAUUUCUGCCAUAGCACAUACAUUCUCAUAACAGUCCCCCAGAGGAUACUGGUGUAGAAACUCAAAUCUAGAAUUUGAGUUUUUCAGCUUUGCUAAUACCAAGUUCACGUAUCAUAUUAAACAAUACACACUGUAUGGUUUCAAAAAAAAAAACUGAUCAUAUAUUAUGAUUUUGGCUGUGAUUUAAAUGAAAUGCUAUCUGGCACUGAUGAUUGUACAGUGACGCACUGUUUGAAUGAUAAAAAUAUGCACUGAUGCUGUGUGUCACUGGACCAUCUUGAAAAAAAACUUGCUGCAAAAGUCUUACCUGAGUUUUGCAAAGAGUUUUGUGCAAUAAUAGUAACCAAGUUUUUUUUUUUUUUUUUUUUGCCAUAAAUGUGUAGUAUAGUAGGAAGGCUUGCCAUAUGUACAGUGAGUCCAAGAAGUAUUUGAUCCCUUGCUGAUUUUCUUCGUUGGCCCAAUAAUAAAGACAUGAUCAUUCUAUACUUUUAAUGGUAGAUGUAUUCUUACAUGGAGAGACAGAAUAUUAAAAAGAAAAUCCAGAAAAUAAAUCUAAGGAAUAUAUAUUAAUUGAUUUGUACUUCAUGGAGUGAAAUAAGUAUUUGAUCCCUUAGUAUUCAUUAGCAGU